CUAGGGUCGGACUACUAUGGAAUACGAUCGUCGACCACAACGUUUGUACCUUCUCGCUUGAAGAGCUCUAAUUAACCGCGGAAUCUGAAUCAUUCUAUUCAACAAGUUGAACAACAUUUAUUUCUAGCGAAAUGGCAACAGAAGAAAAUGAGUUCGAGGACCUACAGCACAAACAGAGACUGAAGGCAUCAAUUCAUCAUACUGUGGUGAGGAUUUGUACAGAACUAGUGGAGGAAGACGAGUCUGGGAUCUCUAUGAACAACUCGGUGAAGGCAGCCAUUGCAGAAACAACAUGGAGAUACAUCCAAGACAUUACUCAGGAUUUAGAAAUGUUUGCUAAACAUGCCAAAAGAAGCACUGUAAAUGCUGAUGAUGUCAAGCUUCUUCUGAGGAAGUGCCCAAAACUGUUGGAGCAUAUCUCAAGUAUCCACCAGACAAAUACUGAGAGCCGAGUGAAACAGAAGAAAAAGAGUGUGACCAAGAAGAAAAGUAGUGCUGCUCCAGUAGCGGACUCGGACGAGGAGGACUGAAUAAUACUGACUCAGGAAUGCUCAUUAACACAUUGAGUCACCUCUUACUCAACUUACAGCUUUGAGUCAACUCAGAGGACCAUUGCAGGACUCUUAGUUUACUGAUGGAAAUAUUAUAUUGAAGAAAUUUCUGUUAUCUCUGUGAAACAUUGAACAUUGAGUCAAAUCAUUGGAUGAUAUUAACUUAAAAUAUUUUAAUUCAAUACUGGUUAGUCAACUCAGAGAAACAAGACAAAAUGUGAGUUAAUUUUGUGAAAAUUUAAUAUUAUCUAUAUAGUUUUGACAAGAAUGUAUUGAAUUAAACCUCUUUCAACCAAUUAGAGAAACUUUAACAUGCAUGCUGCAUUAACUUAGAUACAUUUAAAUAACCAAUAUACAAUGUAUAUAUGCCCAUGGUCCACAUGGUUCUCUGGUCCACUCGGUUCCAUGGUCCACUGGGUUCUCUGGUCCACUCGGUUCCAUGGUCCACUCGGUUCCAUGGUCCACUUGGUUCUCUGGUCCACUCGGUUCCAUGGUCCACUCGGUUCCAUGGUCCACUCUGCUCCAUGGUCCACUCGGUUCCAUGGUCCACUUAGUUUUCUGGUCCACUCGGUUCCAUGGUCCACUCUGCUCCAUGGUCCACUCGGUUCCAUGGUCCACUUGGUUCCAUGGUCCACUCUGCUCCAUGGUCCACUCGGUUCCAUGGUCCACUCUGCUCCAUGGUCCACUCUGCUCCAUGGUCCACUCGGCUCCAUGGUCCACUCGGCUCCAUGGUCCACUCUGCUCCAUGGUCCACUCGGCUCCAUGGUCCACUCGGUUCUCUGGUCCACUCGGUUCCAUGGUCCACUCGGCUCCAUGGUCCACUCGGCUCCAUGGUCUACUUGGCUCCAUGGUCCACUUGGUUCCAUGGUCCACUCGGCUCCAUGGUCCACUCGGCUCCAUGUCCACUCGGUUUUAACCUUGAAUGGGUCCAGGACUUCCUGGUCACCAUUAUCAAUGAUAACAUUAUUGACCAGAUCAUUGUUCUGGUGGCUUUGUUUCUGAUUGAAGCUUCAUACACAGUUAAGGUUUGUAAAUACCUCAGAUGACUUUUAGGAAUCAGAGGCCAAGAUCUAUUAUCGUUUAGUAAUUAUAGAGGGUGUCAAACAAUGGCACAAGAUUGAUGUUAAAUUUGUUGUUAAGUUUGUUGUUAAGUUUGUUGCCUUUCUGUGUUACCAUUUAAUAGAUACAUUUGUAUAUAUUUUCAUGCCCUAAUUUCAUCAACUUCUAUUCACACUUUCUGUGCUAGGUACACAAAAUGAACAAAACACACCAUGUGAACCUCUACCAAAGGUAUUGUUAUUGACUAUGCAU